AUGCAGUACGAGGCGGCAGAGGCGUGGGCUGCGGCUUACAUGGCGGCGGCGGCAGCCGCCGGGAGAGGAGGAGGAGCCGGAAUGUGGGAUCCAGCGGUGGAGAGGGUGGAGCGGCUCGCGGCGGAGAGUGCUGUGGUUAUCUUCAGUGUGAGCAGUUGCUGCAUGUGCCACGCUGUGAAACGGCUCUUUUGCGGAAUGGGGGUGAACCCUACGGUCUACGAGCUCGAUGAGGACCCUCGCGGGAAGGAGAUAGAACGAGCUCUCACCCGCCUCCUCGGAUCGGCCGCCGUCCCCGUCGUGUUCGUCGGUGGGAAGCUCGUCGGCGCCAUGGAUCGCGUCAUGGCUUCCCACAUUAAUGGAACCCUCGUCCCCCUCCUCAAAGAGGCCGGCGCUCUCUGGCUCUGA